UUCUAAAUAAAAAACUGAAAAAACAAUUGAAUUAACUGAGAGCUAUGAACCGUACAGAGCAGACAUUUGAGGACCUGAGGUCGUUCUUUCGAAGUCACAGCAAAAUACGCGAGCAGCGGGCCCACACGUCCAAGGUUCACUCCGUCUGCUGGAAUGCUGAUGGUCGCCACUUGGCAUCGGGUUCAUUUGACAAGACCGUGGCGGUGUACUCCUUGGAACGCGAUCGCCUCAUCAAGGGCAUCAUAUACCGGGGGCACACCGCGUCCGUGGACCAGUUGUGCUGGCACAAAACCGAUCCAAAUCAGUUUGCCACUGCGAGUGGCGAUAAGACCGUUCGCAUCUGGGACAUACGCGCUGGGAAAUGUGCUUCAGUGACCAACACCAAGGGCGAGAACAUAAACAUAGCCUGGUCUCCGGAUGGCAAGACGAUUGCGGUGGGCAACAAGGAAGACCUAAUCACAUUCAUUGACACGCGCACGAACAAAAUACGCGUCGAGGAGCAGUUCAGCUGUGAAGUAAAUGAGAUAUCAUGGAACAAUACAAACGAUUUGUUCUUCCUCACCAACGGCAUGGGCUGCAUUAAUGUGCUAAGCUAUCCCAGCCUGGAGCACCAACUGACACUCAAAGGGCAUCCUGCCAACUGCAUUUGCAUCGAGUUCGGACCCACAGGUAAAUAUUUUGCCACUGGUUCAGCCGAUGCCCAGGUCUCGCUUUGGGACGCCACCGAACUGGCCUGCCUGCGCAUGAUUAGCCGCCUGGAGUGGCCUGUUCGUACCAUAUCCUUUAGUCACGAUGAACGACUGAUAGCCUCUGCCAGCGAGGAUCUUCUCAUUGACGUUGCCUUCACGGAGACGGGGGAACGUAUCACCGACAUUCAUGUCGAUGCCUCUACUUUCACAGUGGCCUGGCAUCCAAAACAGUACCUCUUAGCCUAUGCCUGCGACGAGAAGGACAUCGAACGGCGCCGCGAUAUUGGCAAUGUUAAAAUAUACGGCUUUCCUGAGUAGACCUAAGGAUAGUAAAGAGUUUGUUUAUUAUUCAAUCAUCUAA